CCGAUAUCACUCAUACUGUAUGUCACAGCACAGUGGGUGAGCUCACGCAGGGCAGUUGGUUGCAGUUGGAGGCAGUUUAUAGGAUCCAGCGCAGGAAGCAGCAGCAGCAUUUCCCAGUGGAGUGACAAGAGGUAGAGAAAGCCUAAGAAAUCAUCUGUAAGAAAAAAACCAUGGAGGUUUUGAAGUGCAAAACUUUCUGUCUGCUGACUCAGAAUGCCGAGCUUCGAAAAAUGGUUGGAUUGAUGCAGGAGAAUGUCGAACUCCGAGACACCUUGAAGACACAUGAAAAUACAGCAAGCACCUUGUCACCUGAUGGGAAACAUGACGGUCCCAGGGACCAUACUGAAGACAGCGGACACCAUCAGCAGUCCCCAUCAUGCAUUGAUGCAAAGGAUAUUCAACACUGGCAAAAAAUAGUUGGAGAGAUAGCGUUCCAAUUGGAGCGUAGGAUCCUAUCAGGCAUUUUCCAGCAGAAGAAUCGACAGUAUGGUUUCUUGGUCUCCAACAUAGGAGAAAAAAUUCUCCAGGUGACUACCUGCCCUUUCACAAGCAAAGUGGAUGAAAAACUAAGAGCUGAGCUGACUCAGCGAUAUCAUGAAACAAUGAGUCGCCUGAAAAAGAUAGGCUAUGAUAAGCACGCCCAUCCCGUCUUAUCAGAAUACCUGGUGAACAUGUAUGGAUUAAUGGAUGCAGACACCAAGGAACUUGCAUGCAGUAGUAACAGAGAGUCCAUACUAAGGAUGGUGAGAGAGUGCACUCCGAAAAAUAUAGCGGACGAUGUGGAGAUCAUUUUCAACUGUCUCUACUUUAUGUCCAUAGAGGAUGGAAAACCUCUCUUCAUGUAGGCAGCGAACAUGGCGUUGUCCCCCACCACUAAGAGACAAUGCCCAAACAUCGUCUUCACCACAGAAACCUAAACAUACCAUCUAUGAUUAACAUUUGUUCGUUGCAAAAUUAAAGCAUUAUUUAAAACCAUAA